AUGGACACCCUAUUGAGCUUUCAAACUUGUGAAAUUAACUCAAUUCAAGAGAAUGAAUUGACAAAUGUAAAAUGUAAUCCUAGUCAACCAAACACCAUGGACGACUUAAAUUCAUUUUCCAUCAAACGACCACCUUUCCCUCCGUCCAUCGACACCGAAUAUUUGGUGGAGAACCUAUUAAAACGCAAGUCAAAGAACCCAAAAAUGCCAAAUGAGUUUUUUAUUUAUCGAGCCGCAUUGGUUAAAGAACUCAAGGCAAACAAUUACAAGAUUAAGAUGACAAAUCUAUCGACUCUAGCAUCAAGAUCUUGGAACCAAGAACCGUCUCAGGUUAAAUCAGAGUAUCGAAAGUUAGCGCGUGAAACCGAAAGACAAUAUUUAAAAGUACGUUCAAUAGAAAUGUCAAAUACCAUAAAUAAUUCGGGAAAAAACUCUGAUAGAAAGAAGAGGAUUUCAAAGAAUGUUGCUCUACCUUCUAAACCAGUUUCACAUGAUAAUUCGAUAACCGCUUUACCUGACAUCGUCGACGGCACCAUGUCUCCUCUACCGGAAAUCAACGACGACGUUACAACCAUCAUGCGACCUACCCUAGUUUAUCAACCAUAUCCUUCCCAUAUCUGGUCGCAAUCUCAUUACGAAUACGACAUGAAUGAUUUUAUGCUAAUGGAGAAUAAUUCAAUUUUCACGACAUACAACGAAAAUGUACUAUACUUAACCCCUUCACAACUUGAAAAAAAUGAUACGGCAGUGUAUCCUUACAUAGAUAGUCUAUCGACGUUUUCAUCGGAAAAUUCUUCCCCAGUUUCGAAUUCUUUGUCCUAUCCACCUUCGCCUUUAUCGUCUUCGUCCUUACCGAUCAUUUUUUCGCAUCGUCUUCUUCCCCAAUCUUUGGAUUGGAAGAUUAUAAUUUAA